UGUCCCCCUGUCUGUCCCCAUGUUCCCCCUCCCCAUAUCUCUCCCCACAUCCAUCCCCAUAUUCCCCGUCCCCAUGUCUGUCCCCUUGUCUGUCCCCACGUCCAUCCCCAUAUUCCCUCUCCCCAUGUCCCCCUCUCUGUCCCCAUGUUCCCCCUCCCCAUAUCUGUCCCCACAUCCAUCCCCACGUCUCCACGUCUGUCCCCAUGUCCCCCUGUCUGUCCCCACGUCCGUCCCCCAUCCCUCCCCCCCACAGUCUUCGUGUGCCCGGGCACCCUGCAGCGCAUCGGCUCUCCCACCUCCAGCCACGAAUCCCAGCACCAAGCGGGCGCCUGGUGCCGCGACCCCCUGCAGGCGGGCGACCGGCUCUACGUCAUGCCCUGGGUGCCGUACCGCACCGACACCCUCACCGAGUACGCGUCCUGGGACGACUUCGUGGGCGCCCGCCACACCACCACCUACCGCCUCCCCAACCGCGUCGACGGCACCGGCUUCGUCGUCUACGACGGCGCCGUCUUCUACAACAAAGAACGCACCCGCAACAUCGUCAAGUACGACCUACGCACCCGCAUCAAGAGCGGAGAGACCGUGGUGGGCGCCGCCAACUACCACGACACGUCCCCCUAUCGCUGGGGCGGCAAAACCGACCUGGACCUGGCGGUGGAUGAGGAUGGUCUGUGGGUGAUUUACGCCACCGAAGGCAACGGCGGGCGGCUGGUGCUGAGCCAGCUCAACCCCUACACGCUGCGCUUCGAGGGGACGUGGGAGACGGGCUACGACAAGCGGGCGGCGUCCAACGCCUUCAUGGCGUGCGGGACGCUCUACGUGGUGCGCAGCGUCUACGUGGACGACGACAGCGAGGCGGCCGGCAACCGCGUGGCGUACGCCUUCGACACGCGCGCCAACCGCGGCCGCGCCGUGGAGAUGCCGUUCCCCAACCCCUACCAGUACGUGUCGUCCGUGGGCUACAACCCCCGCGACAACCAGCUCUACGUCUGGAACAACCACUUCCUCGUCAGAUACGGGCUGGAGUUCGGGCCGCCCGAGCACGGGGACGGUGCGAUGACGACGCUGCCCCCCAGCGCGCCCCCCCCGCGCCCCACAGCCCCCCAGAGCUCCCCGGCCCCCGGCCCCACCCCCACGGCAAGACGGGGACCCCUCACCCCCCGCCCCGGCCCCCCCCCAGGGGCCCCCCCCGGCCCCGGCCCCGCUCACAGCGCCGCCACCCCCGGGGGUCCCCCCGGUUCCCCCGGGACCCCCAAUAGCGGGGUGGGGGUCCCGCCGCCCCCGCCCCCCCCCCGCCGCGUCCCGCCGCCCGCCGGGGGGGUCCGGGGGGGGGGCCCGGGGGGGGGGCCGGCGCGGCUGUGCGAGGCCAGGGAGGUGCGCAGGGUGCAGUGGCCGGCGGCGCAGCAGGGGGUGCUGGUGGAGAGACCCUGCCCCAAGGGCACCCGCGGCAUCGCGUCCUUCCAGUGCCUGCUGGGGCUGGGGGUCUGGAACCCGCGGGGGCCCGACCUCAGCAACUGCACCAGCCCCUGGGUCAACCAGGUGGCGCAGAAGAUCAAGAGCGGGGAGAACGCGGCCAACAUCGCGAGCGAGCUGGCGCGGCACACGCGGGGCCCGGUGUACGCGGGGGACGUGAGCUCGGCCGUGCGGCUGCUGGAGCAGCUGCUGGACAUCCUGGACGCGCAGCUGCAGGCCCUGCGGCCCGUGGAGCGCGAGUCGGCCGGCAAGAACUACAACAAGAUGCACAAGCGGGAACGCACCUGUAAGGAUUACAUCAAGGCCGUGGUGGAGGCCGUGGACAACCUGCUGCGUCCCGAGGCGCUGGAGUCGUGGCGGGACAUGAACGGCUCGGAGCAGGCGCACACGGCCACCAUGCUGCUGGACGUGCUGGAGGAGGGCGCCUUCCUGCUGGCCGACAACGUCAAGGAGCCCGCGCGCUUCCUGGCCGCCCGCCAGAACCUGGUGCUGGAGGUGACGGUGCUGAACACCGAGGGGCAGGUGCAGGAACUGGUGUUCCCCCAGGAGUUUGGGGGUGAAAGUUUCAUCCAGCUCUCGGCCAACACCCUGAAACAGAACAGCCGCAACGGGGUGGUGAAGGUGGUGUUCAUCCUGUACAACAACCUGGGGCUGUUCCUGUCGACGGAGAACGCGACGGUGCGGCUGGGGGGGGAGCUGGGCGCCCGCGCCCCCCCGCUGGUCGUCAACUCGCAGGUCAUCGCCGCCUCCAUCAACAAGGAGUCCAGCCGCGUCUUCCUCAUGGACCCCGUGGUCUUCACCCUGCCGCACCUCGAGGCCAAGAACCACUUCAACGCCAACUGCUCGUUCUGGAACUACUCGGAGCGCUCCAUGACGGGUCACUGGUCCACGCAGGGCUGCCGGCUGCUGGACACCAACGCCACGCACACCUCCUGCGCCUGCAGCCACCUCACCAACUUCGCCGUGCUCAUGGCGCACCGCGAGAGCUACCAGGGCCGUCUGAACGAGGUGCUGCUGUCGGUCAUCUCCUGGGUGGGCAUCGUGGUGGCCAUGGUGUGCCUGGGCGUGUGCAUCUCGGCGUUCUGCUGCCUGCGGGGGCUGCCGUCCGACCGCACCACCAUCCACAAGAACCUCUGCAUCAGCCUCUUCCUCGCCGAGCUCGUCUUCCUCGUCGGCAUCGAUAAGACGCAGUACCAGGUGGCCUGUCCCAUCUUCGCGGGGCUGCUGCACUACUUCUUCCUGGCGUCGUUCUUGCUGUGCCUGGAGGGCGUCCACCUCUACCUGCUGCUGCUCGAGGUGUUCGAGAGCGACCUGUCCCGACGCAAGUACUACUACGCCGGCGGCUACUGCUUCCCCGCCGUCGUGGUGGCCGUGGCGGCCGCCGUGGACCACCGCAGCUACGGCACCGACCAGGCGUGCUGGCUGCGUGUGGACAAUUAUUUCAUCUGGAGCUUCAUUGGGCCUGUGGCCUUUGUCAUCCUGGUCACGCUGACGUUCCUGCUGGUGACGCUGCACAAGAUGCUGCGCAGCUCGGCCGCCCUCAAACCCGACUCCAGCCGCCUCGACAGCAUCAAGUCGUGGGCGCUCGGGGCCAUCGCGCUGCUGCUGCUGCUGGGUUUGACCUGGGCCUUCGGCCUCCUCUUCGUCACCCGCGAGUCGGUGCUGACGGCGUCGCUGUUCACGGCCUGCAACGCGCUGCAGGGCACCUUCAUCUUCGUCUUCCACUGCGCCCUCCAGAAAAAGGUGCACCGGGAGCUGAGCAAGUGCCUGCGGCACACAUCCUGCUGCCUGCGCAGCCCCCCCGGCACCUCCCUGGGCGCCCUCAAGACCUCGGCCAUCCGCACCAACACCCGCUACUACACCGGCACCCAGAGCCGGAUCCGGAGGAUGUGGAACGACACCGUGCGGAAGCAAACGGAGUCCAGCUUCAUGGGGGGGGACCUGAACAGCACCCCCACCCUCAACAGAGGUCCCAUGGGGAACCACCUGCUGCCCAACCCGGUGCUGCAGCCGCGGGGGGGGUCCAGCCCCUACAACACCCUGAUCGCCGAGUCCGGGGGGUUCGCCCCCGCAUCGCCCCCCCCCUUCACCUCCCCAGGGAGCUUCCGCGACACCAGUAAGUGCCCCCCAGAUGUGCACCCCCCCAGUGUCCCCCCCAGUCCUUUUGUGACCCCCAUCGUGACCCCCCCAUCCCCUCUGCCCCCCCAUGUCCCCCCAACUCCUCAUGACCCCCCCAUUCCCUUUGUGCCCCCCCCCAACUCUUCUGCCCUCCCUCGUACCCCCCCACAUCCCCCACUCCCCUUGUGCCCCCCCGGCUCCCCUCGUACCCCCCACUUCGUUCCCCCCCCAUAUUUUGCCCCCCAAGUCUCCUCGUGCCCCACCUUGUGCCCCCCAGUCCCUUUGUGCCCCCCCACUCUUGUGCCCCCCCAUGUGUCCCCCCACUCUUAG